AUGGCGUCCAGGUCGUCUUUGCUUCCAGGCGCCCUCGAGUGGAAGCUCGUACUGGCGGGCACCUGCCUGUUCUCAGUCGGAGUCAUUGCUGGAGGGCUUUGGAACAGGAAGACGCCUACAAUCGUGCGAUCUCCGAGGGUCACGGUCCUGCCGAAGCUGUCCCCGGAGGAGAUUGCCGACCUUCCCUAUCCGCCAGAUGUGCUCCCGGGGGCACGCGAUGUUGACACCCCUUACGGCUCGAUCAGAGUGUACGAGUUCGGUCCGGAAGAUGGGCGAAAAGUCCUCCUGGUGCAUGGCAUCAGCACCCCUGCGAUCGCUCUGGGAGCGGUUGCCAACGCCCUGGUGGACAACGGAUGUCGCGUCAUGCUCUUUGAUCUUUUUGGGCGGGGCUACUCUGACAACCCUGCGGACCUACUUCAUGACAUCCGCCUAUUUACGACUCAGAUACUGCUCGUCCUGGCCUCGUCUCCAAUAUCAUGGACGGGCAGGGAGUCUGGGAAGUUCUCUCUGAUCGGCUAUUCUCUCGGCGGCGGGAUUGCGACUACGUUUGCGUCCUACUUCCCCAACUUGAUCGACAGCUUGAUCCUAUUUGCGCCCGCGGGGAUCUUGAGGCCCUAUCAUAUCAGCAGGACAAGCCAUAUCAUCUACUCGGAAGGACUGAUUCCAGAGUCUCUGCUGCAGCGAUUGGUUAGACAGCGCCUGCGAAGACCAAUGGCCACGCCACUCAAGAAGCCAAUAGACAAGGAUAACACGGUUGACGCAACAGAGGCAGUGGCCGCCGAAGUCACCCUCGAAGCCAAUUCUCAAGCCGUUCUCUCCAAGACUCGGCCUCACGUCACCGUCGAGAAGACAGUCAUUUAUCAGCUAGAGAACUACCCGGGAUUCGUCGCCGCGUUCAUGUCCAGCAUUCGGUACGGUCCUGUGCGGCAUCAGCACGACCGGUGGCGAAUUUUUGGAGAGCAUUUGAACCGCGUCAACGAAGAGAAAGGUACGCAGAAGAAGGUGCUUGUUGUCUUGGGUGCCAAUGACCCAAUCAUCAUCCAGAAAGAGGUCGAAGAGGAUGCCACCCAAGUGCUCUCGGGCAAUGUGGAAUUUGUCGUCUUCGACGCAGGACACGAAGUGCCGGUCACGAAAGGCGACCAGAUAGUCGCCAAGAUCCUGGACUUUUGGCAGCGGACAGACUAA